GUUGUGCAGUCGGAGCCCUGCUCCGUGCGGCGCCAGUCACCUAACGAAGAUGUCCUCACGCAACGCUUUCUGGCCAACAUCCGUGAACGACAGAGAACCCAGUCGCUGAAUCGGGCCUUUGCCGAUCUCCGACAUAUCAUCCCCACUCUGCCCUCAGACAAACUGAGCAAAAUUCAGACCUUAAAGCUGGCCACGAGGUACAUUGACUUCCUCUCGAACGUCCUUCAGGAGUCACCAAAGGCCCCGACUACCGUCAAUCCCACAGUCUGCUCUUAUUCUAGCGUUGAAAUUCUCACGUCCUGGUCGCCCACAGGCUAUGAUGUGAAGCGGACCCAGCUGGGAAGUGGACGCGAUUUCCUUCCCAACUCUCAGGGACUCAAACCCCUCUGUGACGACGUCGAUACCUGUAUGGUGGGAGCGGUUCUAAAUGCCUACGAAAUGGAGCCAAAAACGACGGACGCCUACUUUGGCCCAGCCUCGGACCAGCAGGCGCAACCACGGUUAGGGACUGAGGCCAGCGCAAAUCGUUCAGACCUCAGCUAUGCCUUUUCCGUAUGGCGAAUGGAAGAUGCCUGCGGUUUCAGUGGCUCCGUUUAUCAAUGA